ACCCGCCAUAAAACCCUAAAAGAAGAAGAAGAAGAAGAAGAAGCUGCACACCAGAAAAAGAAAGAAAGAGGUCAAGAGAACAGUUUGAUAUCAAGAUCUUUAAACACAAAGGUCUGUUUCUCCAAGCACACUUGAAAAGCAAGUUAUGUGUGACGCAGAAUUCAUUAAAGAGGAGAGUGAAGACAUGAGUGUUACAGACACCAGCACAAUGAGAAAUGAAGACGCUGAGGAACAAAGAGACCAAAUGGAACUGAAAGAAACAACAGUAUCAGUAUGUCAUAAUUGUGGAAAGAGAUUAAGAAGUAAAAAUCAGCUUGCGAAGCACAUAAGAAUCCACACUGAAGAAAAGCCGUUCACCUGCCCUCAGUGUGGAAAGAGUUUCACAAGAAAAAGUAAUCUAGAGGACCACAUGAGAAUUCACACUGGAGAAAAGCCGUAUGCAUGUGUUCAGUGUGGAAAGAGUUUCACAAGAAAAAGUCAUCUAGGGGACCACGUGAGAAUUCACACUGGAGAAAAGCCAUUCACAUGUGUUCAGUGUGGAAAGAGUUUCCCAAGAAAAAGUAAUCUAGAGGACCACGUGAGAAUUCACACUGGAGAAAAGCCGUAUGCAUGUUUACAGUGUGGAAAGAGUUUCACAAGAAAAGGUCAUUUAGAGCACCACAUGAGAAUUCACACUGGAGAACGUCCAUACACAUGUGUUCAGUGUGGAAAGAGUUUCACAAGAAAAAGUAAUCUAGAGGAACACAUGAGAACUCACACUGGAGAAAAGCCAUUCACAUGUGUUCAGUGUGGAAAGAGUUUCACAAGAAAAAGUCAUAUAGAUGUCCACAUGAGCAUUCACACUGGAGAGCGGCCACACACAUGUGUUCAGUGUGGAAAGAGUUUCACUCAAAAAAGUCAUCUAGAGGACCACAUGAGAACUCACACUGGAGAAAAGCCGUAUGCAUGUUUUCAGUGUGAAAAGAGUUUCACACAAAAAAGAACUCUAGAGGACCACAUGAGAAUUCACUUUGGAGAAAAGCCAUAAACAUGUGUUCAGUGUGGAAAGAGUUUCAGAAGAAAAAAUGUUCUUAAGAACCACAUGAGAACUCACACUGAAAAGCCAUUCACAUGUCUGCAGUGUGGAAAAGGUUUCACUCAAAAAAGUCAUCUAGAUGUCCACAUGAGAACUCACACUGGAGAACGGCUAUACCGUGAAAAGAGUUUUGCAAAAAAAAAAGUUCUAGAGAAACACAUGAGAGUUCAUGCUGAAGAGCGCUCAUAACAAUGGCUCCGUUCACACUGUCAGUGUUUGAGAUUGUCUUCACAGAUGUGAUGUGAGUCUUUAAUGUUCUGUUCACAAUCAGCUCACAGCUGAAAUACUGUCUGUGUUCUGUUCCUGUGUCACUCCUAAAAACCAUAUAAGGACUUUUGGAUGUAACGUAUGUGUGCCGUCCGUUUCUCUUUUCACAGAUGCCACCAUUGGUCAGCAAUAUUUGUUGUCAUGUUUACUGUAUAUUUUUAUGUUUAGAGAGCAGGGCUGUAGUCAAGUCCACCUUUGUUGAGUCCAAGACAAGUCCAAGACCAGGACUAGUCGAGACCGAGUCUAAAGAGGUUCGAGUCCAAGUCAAGUCCAAAGAGGUUCAAGUCCAAGUCAAGACCGAGUCCAAAUGAGACGGUCAAGACAGAGGCAGAAAAAAGAAUCCUCUUUAAGACAUACUUUAUUUGUAAUGAUCAAAAGGUGGAUCAAAGUAGGUCAUUUUAUUUACUUUAGGUGUAGCAAUUUCACCAAAGUCACAUAAAGCCGAAGUGCAACUUCAGAUUUUCAGUCUUUUUAUUGUAGUGUAACAAUCACAUUCUGGGCUGCCAAUGGAAAAUUUUCACAGCUUGUUGACUUGUCAGUGUUAACUGCAUUGAAUCAACAUCACUUUUGCAACCGCAAUUAUUGUUGAAAAAAUGUAGAAGUUUCAACAAACGAUCGUUAUUUGCUUUAGUUGGGCUCUUGAUUCUUGUGUUUAAACAUUAGGUUUUCAUUGGCUGUUAUAACAGUGUGCUAAAAUACAAUUGUUGAGGCAAUGAAAACUAGGAUCCAUUGGGAUCAGGUGAUAAUGAUUGUAGUCUUUGUGGAGUUACCUAAAUAAUUUCUCAUGAGUGCAUUGUGUUAUUGAUUUAUGAAUAUUGUGUGGUAAUACAUUGUGAGAUUAAAGCAGUGGUGUGGCUUAUUAUACUUCUUUGAAUUGACAGAAAAUACACACACAAAAAAAACUUUAAUUUUUAAUUUUUAACUUUAAUACUUGAUUUCAGACAUCAAGAAUCAGUGUAUGAAACUCAACAAUAACAAUCAUAGUACAAAACUCAGUCAUGACUCCCAGCAUGCAUUGCAGUUCAUCUGUUUAUCUGAAUUAGUUUCAUGAUUGUCACUGUGGGAUUACAAAUUUAUACAAUGUUAUAUCUAGGUUAAAGUUAUGUACAUUAUGUUUCACAUUUUGAGGUAAAGAUGAUGACAUUCUAAGAAGAUCAUGUCAGGCAGCCCAGGUGUCUGAGACAUUAUCCUUUUGUCUUUAUGCACUUCCUGACCAUUGGGCAGGGUCCCAAGUUAAAGAUGAAUGCUAAGAUCAAGGCACAGCUAAGCCUUUGGCUGAAUCCGAAAUCGCAUACUGCCAUACUAUAUAGUAGGCGAAAAGCAGUAGGCGAACGAAUAGUAUGUCCGAAACCUCGGUCUUCAUAAAACAGUAGGCGAGAAUUUCCCGGCUGGUGCACUAUUUCUCGCGAGAUUUGGACGUGCGUAUACUACUGUUGCGUCCGAAUACGCCUACUAUAUAGUAUGUGAAAACAAUAUAGUAUGUCCGAAUCCUCAGUAUUCAUAAAAGAGUAGGUGAGAAAUUCCCGGAUGGCUUACUGGUUACGCCCACAUUCUGAAGCACCCAGCGACAGAUACUUGGGAUACUUAUCUAUCCCAUGAGCCCACGGGACAGGAUAAGUUCAUACAGGAGCAUGGCGGAGAACUGCGAGGCAGGUGUUUUCAAAAGUGAGUAUUACUAGCCAACAACGCAUUUCUUUGCGUUGCAGUCGUAUUUGUUAAAGUGUUGUAGCGUAAAGUUAUCCUAUAAGAUGCUACAUAGUAAAGUAUAUUUGUGAUUUUGCUGUGAAAACGCAGUGUUUUAAUAUGUCUAGCUUAAAGGGAAGCUCCACGCACACAUGCAUCUUCAAAGUAGACUUAACGUGACAUAUAUUUAAACCAUACGCAUGUUACAGACGCUUUUAAUGUCUGUGUAACAUGUGACCUGUCAUUUUCUCGAAAAGUAUUGCAAAUGAGCAUAUCACAACAUGAAAUACACAUCACAGUAAUGUAGCUUACGUCUGUUAAUAUGUGGUAAAAAGCAUUGUUCACUGCUUGCGUAGUGAAAGUGACCUAUUAGUCAGAUAUGGUGACCCAUACCCGAAAUGUGACCUCUGAUUUUAACCCAUCCAGAGAUUAGUGAACACACGUACACCCGGAGCAGUGGGCAGCUAUCACUGCAGCGCCCGGGGAGCAAGUAGGGGUUGGUGCCUUGCUCAUGGGCACCUCAGUCAUUACCCUGGGAAUCGAACAGGGAACCUUCUGGUCACGAGUCCGACUCUCUAACCAUUAGGCGAAGACUACCUUACUAGAAGUAACUAAACAAUGUAGGGAAAAUUUGAGUUGAAUAAACAGCGAGUUAACACGUUACCUCCACAUUUACAUGCAGUAUUGAGCACAAAUCACAGAGGUCACUUGAAUCUUGUUCGACUGUUACAGGGACAGAUGAGCACACUCAUUAAAAUCACGAAGGUGGCGACGGUGGUCAGCUGCGAGAUGGCAGUAGGGUCGGGGUGUGGGGUUCAACGCCUGUAGAUACAGGAUCAUUUGUUACAACAAUAAAUUAAAAUAAAGCUUUGAUUUAUGUGAUGUUUACUUGUAAUGCAAUGUUUAUGUAAUGUAUUAAUAAUAAUUCAAUUAAUUUAUUUUCUUACAUCAAAUGUAAGUAUUUUUUAUUCAUGUUUAUUCUAUAGUUUUCUGUAAAUAAAACAUAUUACAUUA